AGGUAGUAGUGGUCGUAUUCGCCGAGACAUUUGGGAGGUUGUGCUUGCACUAUCUUACUAUUAUCCUUCCACUGCAAAUUUUUCGAUCUGCACAUUUCAUUUCACACUUUUGAGGUGCUUAUCUUUAAUUUCCCAAUGCUUUUGCCCCUCCAUCUCAUCGAAUUCCGGAAGAUGAACUUCUUCCUCGUCGUGGGUAAUCAGUACGGUUGAGGCAGUUCCAUUACGUAUCAAAUAUUGCAUCGAUUGUCGUCGUGGCCCGGACGUAUCGUAAAAUGCCAUUCAAGACGUUUUUCCGGGAAUGGAAGGACCACAUGAAAGACGGUAUAAGAAGCACAUCAAAAGGAAGAAAUAGUAGUGCUGUGGAAAUGAGUGAACAUCAAAUGUGGGACAAUCCCUGUGAAGGCUCCUUCCCUUCAUCUUCCUCUAUAUCCUCCUCUCAAGUGUUCCAUCAGCAGAGCAGCAGCAGAUGGGCAAACCUUCCCCCCGAGCUUCUUCUCGACAUAAUAUCCCGGCUAGAGUCGGCCCACCGUACCUGGCCUGCCAGGAGAGACCUUGUGGCAUGUGCCUCGGUUUGUAGGUCUUGGAGGCAAGCCACCAAGGAGGUCACCCGGACUCCAGAGCGAUGCGGGUGCCUCACUUUCCCCGCUUCCCUGAAGCAGCCGGGGCCAAGAGAGACUCCGAUCCAGUGCUUCAUCAAGAGGGAGAGAGCGACUUCCACGUAUCGGCUCUAUCUGGGUUUGACUCCAGCUUUAUCAGGGGACAUGAGCAAACUGCUGCUGGCAGCAAGAAAGAUCAGAAGGGCAAUGAGCGCAGAUUUCGUCAUAUCCUUAGUACCUGAUGAUUUUUCUCGAGCAAGCAGUACUUAUGUCGGCAAACUAAGGUCUAACUUUCUAGGUACCAAGUUCACCAUAUACGACAGUCAGCCUCCAACUAGCAACACUGUCACAAUCCAAUCGAAGUCGAGAAUGAAAACAUAUUGGAGAUCAACAAAUCUCAAGCAGGUGUCUCCACGGUUGCCUGUGGGGAACUUCAACAUAGCCACGGUGUCUUACGAGCUCAAUGUACUCCGGACCCGAGGUCCGAGGAGAAUGCGGUGCACGAUGCACUCAAUCCCUGUUAGGACCGUCCAGGAACAGGCUGGCGAAUCAUCCUCGGCCCAGACACUGCCCAUAGACAUGCCCGAUGCAUCGGUCCCAUCCCUUUCAAGGCCAAAUGGAAAGGUCAUAAUUGAUCAAAGCCCGGAACUAGAAUUGGCCGGCGGGUCAAGGGAAAGGGAUCAGUCGUUGGUUCUGAAGAAUAAGGCCCCACGGUGGCACGAGCAGCUCCAGUGCUGGUGCCUGAACUUUAAGGGCCGUGUCACGGUCGCCUCCGUUAAGAACUUCCAGCUAGUUGCAGCAUCUGAAGGAGGUGGAAUCAUCCCUGUGUCAGAACAGGAAAGUGUGAUACUACAGUUUGGGAAGAUCGGGAAGGACAUCUUCACAAUGGAUUACCGGUACCCGCUCUCGGCUUUUCAGGCAUUUGCAAUCUGUUUGAGCAGUUUUGACACCAAACCUGCCUGUGAAUGACUUUUGCGAGUUAUUGAUGACUCUAUUCAAUCCUAUGUAAUGUAAGGUACAUACUUUUUUUUGGAAUUCGCCAUCGAUCAUGGCGAAUUAAAGUAAGACAGCAAAUGCUUUCCGGGAACAA